AUGAUAAAUGCUUUGCUUCAUCUGACUCAUACAGUUUAUAUUAAAAACUUUCUGCAGGCAUAUGCUUCAGAAAUUUGCCGGAAAGAAUAUCAAGCUUUGGGAAUGUCAAUAAUUAGCACAGCUUGGGGAAUUGCAUUAGUCAUUGGUCCAGCUCUUGGAGGUUUCCUUGCACAGCCAGCAGAGAAGUUCCCAGAUGUGUUUUCUAAGGAAUCUCUGUUUGGGAGGUUCCCCUACUUCUUACCUUGCUUGUUCAUAUCAAUCAUUGCACUGGUGAUAACUAUUCUAUGCUUUUGGCUUCCGGAAAAAUUACCAGAGAAGCUUGAAACAGUUGGUGCAUUUCAAAAGCUGCCCAUGGUGAUGCAAUCUUUUGAUAUUCUUUACUCAGCAAUAAAGAAGGCCAAGAGAGUUUCUCCAACUAAGGGUAAUUGUUUUGGGUGGUUUCUUGUUGACAUAACUGCACAUAAAGGGAUUAGAUGGAACAUUGGUAGUUGAAGUUUUUAGAAUAAAAAAUAUAUUUCACUAACUUUGUAUACAUUUCUUGUUUAAUAUUUGGUGAUAAUAGAAUUUGAUUGUAGUAUAAACUAUCAUGUAAUAUGAUUUUGUAAGCCGAGUAGAUUAAAUAUUGAAAUUAUAUUUUUGAGUAA